UUCCAACAUGGCGGACGACGAAGACGAUGCGAAGUACUCUCGGUCACCUCGCGAAGACUACGACCCUUUGAAGGACGAUCGACAAAACUUUGCUCAAGCUGACGAUGGAGAAGUCAGUCCUGGAGAACAGGACAGCAAUUUUGAAAAUGGGGCUUUUGACGACGAUGAUUACAGCACCCAAGGGGGCUUCCAAUACAGCGUCACCCCUCCAGCACAACCGAGGAUGAGGAAGCGAGCCAGCCGGAAGCUGUCAGGGAAGGGGAAGCAAGGCACAGACUCCUACAAGGAGUGGAAGGAGUAUCUGGGCAUGAAGAAGACCCAGCCCCAACCUCGGACACCGGUCACCAUAAUCAAGGAACAGUAUGGGGAUGAUCCAGGCCUAUGCAAACUCAGUGGUACAGAUUCAGAUGAUAAUCUGGACAGAGAUAACCAACGAGAAAAGAAGGAUAAGAGACGGAAAGAAAAUCGGGAUUCUAAGCGGUUGAUGACCAAAUCCCGUGGACACGAACGCUUCGUUAAAAGGCUUUCUGAUGAUUUUACUGAAAGCUCUGAAAAUCAGCUCAAUAAAAAGAUUGUUUUACCUGUAAAUAUGCAUGCAAAUAUCGAUUUGAAUAAAUCUAAUACCUUCUCCAGCCUCCAGAUGUCAGUGAAUCCGAUUUCCAUUAUGCCAACUAAUCGAAUCCAGAGAGAAGCUGCAGUGCCAAUUGAAUGUCCGAAAGAGAGGUUCGACUUUUACAAUAUCUUCUCUACCUUGAUUAAUAUGGGUUCGCAAAACAAGAAGGACAAAGACCGACAGUUAGCUAGCUGCUAUAAGCGUCAGCUGAGCUCCGAACAAGAAAUGUGGCAGAACAAGGUGAAUGAUGUUAUUUGGAUAGAACUGCAUGCAUGGUUUAGAUUUUGUUCAUUGGAGGAGGCUAAAGAACAUCUGAAUUUCGAAAGGGAAAAAGUGAUGGGAGUUCUGGAGGAAAUUAUCAACUUCAAGAUGGUGUGUCAGGAUAUGUCAGAUGUUGAUGAUGACACUUUUCACGAACAUGGAGAUUCCAAGACAUCUCCUGUGGACAAAAUGUGUGGUCGUGUGUCGCCAGGUGUAUCAGCUUCGUUUCAGUCGCUCAAUCUCACGUCAGACAUGGUGGAUUGUCAGAGAGAGGCUCUCAGCUGUGUCAAGAAACUCUUAGAUGACUUAGACACUUGUGAAAGUCUUUAUCCAACCACAAAAGCGUUUGCCAAGGAAAAUGAGUUGUAUGCUAGUGAGCAGUUUAAUCAGAGGGUGAAAUCUCUAUGUUUGUGGUUGAACAUUACUCGGGAUCUGUGCCACAAGAUGAAGCUGUUAGGACGCGUGCUUGGUGUUCAGAACAUUCACGGUCUAGACUGGCCGAUGAUUGACUAUGAGAGUCCACGUGUGUCGGAGUCGGCGUGUGUGUCACAGAGACCCAGCAUUCCUAACAUACUGGAGACAGUUCCGUCGGACUCCGAUGCUGAUGAUGAGGCAGAGGAUGCUGCUGGAGGAGACAAGCAGUUUCUCAGCCCCACAGACGAUUGCAAGAAGGUCAAGUUUGUCGGGGUCUACGAUGGCGAUGAGAAGUCUUCGAGACCCGAGAGCCCCUGUAUCAAUGAAAACACCCUCCCACCCUUGGGUACAUCCACCCCUAUGAAGAGGGGAAACAUUGGCUCCUUUGCCACGUCAAUAUCUCGAGAGUCGAGUGAAGUGAGUCUGGAGGAGUUGAACAAGACCUCCGUCUACCGGCACUUUGUGGACAAGUCGCUCAAGAAGAUGGGGAUGCAGAAGUUGGUUAUUCGACUUAGGGAUGGGCUGGACCGGUCUCUGCAGCGGGCUCGUGAAGCCCUCGAGAAGCCCAAACCGACCACAUCUGAGGGAGGCGAGAAAGACAAGUCCCCCAGUGCUGGUGACCUGGCAUCUUCCCCCUCCCUCGUCCUGCUCCCAGAUGUGAAGGACAACAUAUUCUACCGCAGCACCAGUUUGUCGGAGCAUGGUGCUUGGAGCCAAGAGUUCAUCAAGAUGGGUCUGCCCUCUUUCCGACCCAGCUACUUGUUCCUGGUUCGAAUCCCGCUGGAUGUCAUCCAUGAGUGUCUUCGGUUAAGACUGGAACAUCGGCCCUUGGGAGACCCUUCCUUUCUCAGUGUCAGGCAGCUGAUCCGGGAGUGCAAGGAGGUGCUGAAAGGGGCAGUGCUGGUCAAGCAGUACUACCAGCACAUGGUGGCCUCAGUCAUGUGGGACGACAACGAGGCUGAGGAAAAGUUUGCCACUGACCUGGAACAGUUCGAUAACGACAUGAAGGCAAUGCUGGAUGAUUACUUCAAGUAUCUGCAGAGUUGGAUCAGUGCACUACAGUCUCUGCCUGAAGCAUCGCGGAGUCUGAAAAAUGCACUGGAGGAGGAGUGGAUGUUCACCAAGUACAUCUGUCCCCACGUCAUCGGAGGGGAGGCAGAAGCGGGCAAGAAGUUCAGCACCAUGGUUCUCAGUUUGCUGCUGAAUAUUGCUGACUUCCUGGAGAACGGCAUCGAUGACUGUACAUCUGACCUGUACGACCUGACGGCCUACGGCAGUGACCAGGAGUGCUCGGACGACUCAACCACCACGUCCAACAAGGAAUGGGUUUCCGACUACAGGCAUACCAUCCAGCACACGUGUAGGAACUUCAAGAUACUCUUUCAUGAGGCUCGGGAGAGAGCAUCAAAGGCCCUGGGUUUUGCUAAAAUGUUAAGAAAGGACCUUGAGAUUGCAUCAGAUUUCAACAUCUCCGUGACAACUAGAGAAAUCCUGGAUAAGCUGGAAGAAAAGAAUCAUGUCAGGGUGAUCGCGCCUCUGAGCUCUGGGUACAUGAUGUUCAUCCCACGCGAGAUCAUGAGCAACACCCGCCUCAUCCUACAGCUGCUCAACGUCACCUGUGGUCGGGAGGAGAGUACAGCCAAGCAGUGGACAGACGAGGAUGGUCAGUGUCUCGUCAACGAGGGCUACCUCCUCAUGCUGCGGUGUAAGGGCGGCAUUGACCAAGUGCCUCAAUGUCCACUGUGGUCUGGGGAGAAAGUCCAUAUGGAGCUCACGGCGGAGACUGCUAUUGCUCUGUCUCAUAUUGAGGUGGAGUCUCUGUUGUUGGUGGUUAUUCACUCGUCACAGCUGUCCAGUCAGAGGAAGGAGUUCAACUACAAGAUGGGAGACACGAUCAGUUUGGUCAAUGAACAGACAUCCUGCCAUCAGUCUAUAGCAGAGUCCCUCGCUUCUCUCAAGGAAACAGCCAUAAAGAUGCGGGAGAAAGUGGCCACAGCCAUAAGCCAGGUGGACGAGAAACUCAACUUUGACGACAUUGCCAAGCUGGAGGACAGCGAGAAGAAUCACAUCCUUAAACUAUACAGAGAGACAAUGUUGCAGUGUUACAACUUUGGGUUUGAGUAUUACAAGGAGGUUUCCCGUCUUGUGUCUGGGGAUCAGAGGCAGAGACUAGGAAGAGGACUUGUCAAGUUUGCCAAAUCUUGGAUGAAGUUUGUGUCAGAAAAAUGUGAAAGGGGCAGAGGAAUGAGACCCAGGUGGGCCAAUCAAGGCCUCGAUUUCCUCACAGUGGCGUGUGAACCCAAGGUCCUGGCUUGUUUGUCGGAGGAGGAAUUUCAGGAGCUGAAGAAAAACAUCAAUGACUGUAUCACCCACGUUAUAGGCUCAGCAGACAAGGGAGGACAUUGGCCUCAUGGUAAAUCAGGUGUAGAGGGCAACUUCCGUCACCACAUGCAGAGAUUUCCAUCGUGUCCGGAACCGUCCCUCAGCCAGAAGAUGGUGCGCUCCAACUCCAGUAAAUCCACCAUGAGUGAAGGGAUCCCACAUGUCUCCGGCCUGUCCACGCCCUCCACACCCAGUCCCAACAUCUUGGAUUCAUCCGCUCAGUGUGAGUCUCUGACCAACUUGACGAGGAAAGACCGCAUCAAACUUGGGUGUCGCCGCCUGGAGGAGGAACGUAAUCAGAAGAUGCGGGACAAGAGGAUGAUUGGCCGGACCACGUCACGUCAGAGUGAGAUUGACUACCACAUCAACGUCAGGAGAGUCAACUUCAGGUGGCAGAGAGGAAACAAGAUAGGUGAGGGUCAGUUCGGGAAGGUGUACACAGCUGUCAACAUGGACACAGGAGAACUGAUGGCACUGAAGGAGAUGAAGAUGCAGCCAAAUGACCAGCAGGGGUUUAAGGAAAUUGCUGACGAGAUCAAGAACUUUGAGGGCAACCAGAACAAACACCUGGUCAAAUACUACGGGGUGGAGGUGCACAAGGAUGAGAUGCUGAUCUUCAUGGAGUACUGCGACUGCGACACUGUGGAGGAGGCAGCGAAGAUCGGCCUCCCUGAACACAUCAUCAGGAAAUACACCAAGCAGAUCCUUAUCGCCAUCAAUCAUCUCCAUGAAAACGGCAUCGUGCACCGAGACAUCAAAGGGGCAAAUAUCUUCUUGACAUCAAACGGAACUGUGAAGGUUGGUGACUUUGGAUGUUCGGUGAAGCUGAAGAACCACACCACCAUGUUUGGUGAAAUAAACAGCCUGGCAGGGACAAUGGCAUAUAUGGCCCCGGAGGUGAUCACCCAGAAUGACAAGGAAGGCAGCGGUCGUGCCGCAGAUAUAUGGAGUCUGGGCUGUGUGGUCAUUGAGAUGGCAACCGGGAAGCGCCCGUGGCACGACGCUGAGAACAACUACCAGAUCAUGUUCAAGGUGGGGAUGGGAGGGACACCGGCUGUCCCCGAGAACCUUAGUGCUGAGGGCAAGGAUUUCCUGGCGAACUGCUUCCAGCAUGACCCUCAAGCAAGGUGGACAGCCAGCAGACUGCAGGAUCAUCCCUUCUCCAAGGUUUACGAAGAAGCUGAUGGCGAAAGUUGAUGAUGGUGUACUACUAGGCGGUGAAGAUAUACCCUGUUACCAUGGUUACAGCUAAAUUCUGUGAUUGCUGUCUGGCAGCUACAUGUUGUAUAUUUCUUGAUCUGCUCCAACAUGGCCGACGCUGCAGGGGAUACACAAUAGGGCACCAGUGACUCUUACAUCCGAUUUCUACAUUAUGAAUUACAUUUUAUAACACUGAUUUGUCUCAGGCCAUGUGAUGAUUGAAAAGAUGCAGGGAAAAAUGUCUUGGAAGCAAUCAGGCAGAAUAAAAGUUGAAUUGUCUCGUAUCAUUAAGAUCGACAGUAUUUUGCAGGCGUUAAUAUUAGUACCCUGCUUGAUGCAUGUUUGGUGUAUUUUAUAUUAAUUACUUCGAAGUUUUGUCAUGUUAACACUAUUCAUUCAGGAAACAGUGAAUGCUGUAAUGUUUGGUACGCUAUUUAAUCUGAAGCAAUAUGGGGAGUAGUAUUCAGCAUGAACAGUUUAACAGUAUGACUUUGCUUACUGAGUUGACAUGCUUCUUUGAUGAUGAUAUACUGAGGGAAAAAAAUAAGGGAUCACAUGAAAGCACCAUUGUUUCUUAUUUUUUUCCAAGGCUUUCUUCACAAACUUUGAAUCACACAGCUCGUGAAGAAACCUGGAAAAACAUAAAGGAACACUUGUGCUUUCAUGUGAUCCCGUAUUUUUUUCCCUCAGUAUAUAUUGGUCAACAAUGAGAAGUUUAUUGAAUAUUGUUGAAAAAAGUCACCACCAUACAUGAAUUUCAAGGGUUCUUAUGGGAAAUACGGUGGUGGGGUAGCCAUCAUGCUGAAGACCCGGGUUCAAUUCCUACAUUGGGAUAAUGUGUGAAGCCUAUUUUUCGUAAUAUUGCUGGAAUAUUGCUAAAAGUGACGUAAAACCAUACUCACUCACUUACACAAAAUAUGAGGGUUAGUUACUCUAAUGUGUAGGUUCUGUAAACAGGGAUUGAAGCAAGCUAGUGUCUUACAGUUUUACUAACGUUAAAGAUAUCCUAAGGGUUGUUCAAAUUUUGAACAUUUUGGUGAUGUAGGAUUUCAUAAUUACUAUCUACUAUGAUUACAAGAUGUUUGCUUUUCUUUUCAAAUGGCUAAAAUUAUGGGACAUAUUUUCUAGGUUGUUUGGAAGAGAUUGUAUAUCCAGAUAUUGGAAUGAGUCAGUUUUGCCCAUGUGAAAUGACAGCUUGUAUUUUGAAAUGUGUCGAGUUGUGAUAUUUGUCAAGAUAUGUAUUGCCAUGCAUUUUGCUACUGUUAUUGAAGUCCCCCUUCUACCUAAAUGGGUGCACUUUUGAGGAUGGCUGUUAUUUAGAUGCAACAGUCUCAUGUAUUGACAUCCUGCACUCUCCAUGAGUGUGUUUGCUGUACUAUAGGGGAUCCAUACAGAUCGGGGUUAGAAUUGAUCUUCAGUAACCCAUGCUUGUCGUGUAAGAGGCGACUAA